AUGUCACUUCCAUACGCCCCACUAACCCAUAUGCCACCACAGCGCAGCUCCAACAUUUCUCUCAACGAGGAGGUGCGUCUCUACUCUUCGCCAAAAGAGAGAGAACGAUACGAGAACCUCGCGGAGCUGUACUCGAUUAUUGUGUCCCUGGAUUAUCUUGAAAAGGCCUUUCUCAAAGACUCUGUGUCGCAACAGGACUACUCGUCAAUCUGCACUCGGUUGCUGUCUCAAUACAACACCCUGCUCAAGGACGAAGGAGUACAGAAUGAGUUUGUGUCGUUGCAGCAUUUCAAGGACAAGUACGGACUCGACUGUUCGCUGGCAACACAAAGAAUCAGUGUGGGAAUCCCGGCCAGCGUGGUCAUUGCUUCCCAGGCAUCGUCAGCACUAGCAUCAACAAACAUUGGGGGAAUGGACGGAGGAGGACGAUCCACUCCCACAGGGGAAGGCCCCUCGACGUCACGAGCUGUUGCCGAGGCCACUGGCAACUUCAUUACGUGCAUGGACGCUCUGAAGCUCAAUUACUCCGCCACUGACCAGCUGCAUCCUCUGCUGGGAGACCUCAUGACCUCGCUGGGUAAGGUGACCAACAAGGACUUCGCGGGACGAGACAAGAUCGUCAAGUGGUUAAUCACGUUGAACAAUAUGAAGGCCACGGAGAGUAUCACCGAUGAUCAAUCGAGACAGUUGUUGUUUGAUCUUGAUAAUGCUUACAAGGGUUUCUUUGCAGAACUAGAUUAG